AUGGAAAGUAUCAUAGAGGACCAAAUCAUCGCGACGACGGCAAACGCAGAGCUACGGAAGAAGUGUUUAGAAAAAGAUCGAUCGCUGGAAGAAGUGCUCGGGAUCGGUCUGACCCUGGAAUCCGUUGCGAUGCAGCCAACAAUGAGGAAGAAAGUCGAUGCACCUCAUCCACGGAUAAUUCGGCAAGUCGAGAACGUCACAACUGUGCAACGCGAUAACGAGGACAAGAACAGCGAAAUCUUCAACCUUUUCCAUCUUGGAUCGAAGCGAACCGUAGACACUACAAUAUUGAGCGAGAAUGAUUGGCAGACGCUGAAGCUAAUUGGAUUUACAGCGUACUCGGUGCGAAAGGAAAGUACGAAGGUAUUCAAGGCAUACGGAUCCAGCCGUCCCUUGAUCGUCCCAGGCGAAGUAGACACAGACGUGAAGACCAACGACAGGAACAUCGACAUAAUCUUCUAUGCCGUCAUUGCCGUCCUUGGUGGAAAGUGCUCUCUUUUGUCCGGAAAUAAAGCUUUGCCGUCCGAAACGGCCAGUCCACCUCCCACCGCGUUGCCGUCCGAAACGGCCAGUUCCACUCCCGCCGCUUUGCCGUCCGAAACGGCCAGUCCACCUCCCACCGCGUUGCCGUCCGAAACGGCCAGUCCAACUCCCACCGCGUUGCCGUCCGAAACGGCCAGUUCCACUCCCGCCGCUUUGCCGUCCGAAACGGCCAGUUCACCUCCCACCACGUUGCCGUCCGUAACGGCCAGUUUCUCUCCCACCGCUUUGCCGUCUAAAACGGCCAGUCCACCUCCCACCGCGUUGCCGUCCGAAACGGCCAGUCCAACUCCCACCGCGUUGCCGUCCGAAACGGCCAGUUCCACUCCCGCCGCUUUGCCGUCCGAAACGGCCAGUUCACCUCCCACCACGUUGCCGUCCGUAACGGCCAGUUUCUCUCCCACCGCUUUGCCGUCUAAAACGGCCAGUCCACCUCCCACCGCGUUGCCGUCCGAAACGGCCAGUCCACCUCCCACCGCGUUGCCGUCCGAAACGGCCAGUCCAACUCCCACCGCGUUGCCGUCCGAAACGGCCAGUCCACCUCCCACCGCGUUGCCGUCCGAAACGGCCAGUCCAACUCCCACCGCGUUGCCGUCCGAAACGGCCAGUUUCUCUCCCGCCGCUUUGCCGUCCGAAACGGCCAGUCCAACUCCCACCGCGUUGCCGUCCGAAACGGCCAGUUCCACUCCCGCCGCUUUGCCGUCCGAAACGGCCAGU